AUGGAUAGAAAAUCUGCUAGAGUAAAAGCAGAGUUAGAAAGAUAUGGUUGGAGAGUUUCAAAGAAUUUUAAAUAUAGGAAGGGAAGACCCAUAAAAGUCUAUGACAAACUGGCUGGUCUUCGCUACGAAAUGGACUUAGAAACAGCACGCGCAAAUUAUCCAAACAGAUUAGAGAGGUUAGAAGAAGAACGUCUUAUGGACAUGCCUUUCGAUGUUAGUGAGCCUCAAGUUAAAGGACACGACGGCUUUGCCAGAUUCUACUGGAAACAUGACGAACAAUUGAAUCCUUUGAGAAGGAAAAAAGGGAAGGGUGAAGACACACAUGCUCCCAUGGAAAGAACAAGAUAUGCAUAUGAAAAGUAUCGUGAAGUUAGAAGUAAAAUUACUUCUGGUCGAACCUUUACAGUAAACUUUGACGAAGGAAAGAACAAAGAAGGCUUCAUGGGAGUACUUGCUGCAAUUCAAGACGGAAAUAAGAAAGGACACAAUCUCAGACUAACCGUAACAGAUUUAGAUGGUCAUAUUUACUAUGCACAUGGCAAUGUCACAACAGCCGCACAACUUCUUGACGCUUUCAAGACUACAAAGAGAGAACAAAUGUUUGACUCCGACUCAGACAUUUUGAAUGCAAUUGAAGGAAUUGCAAGCGUGAAGUUCGAAUGGUACCAACCUAACCCUCAAGCAGUCAGACAACAUGCUGGAUACUUCCCGUUCAGAAAUAAGUCUGACAUUAACCUGACAAGGUAUGGAAUUUACAAUUCAAUUGAAACAAUUGUCAAUGAACCUUGUAUUCUUACAUGUCUCAGGAACUCUGGUCUUGUUACAGAUGAGAAGAUGAAGUAUCUUGAGUCAUGUGUGAAAACAAGGUACAUUCUUAGAGGUCAAUUGUCAAAAGUUGCACCGUUGGCAAAUGUGAAUAUCCGAGUCAACAUUCCGACUGAGAAAGGUUCUUCACAUGACGACUAUGUUGUUGACAAAGACUUACCAUGGUUGA